UCAACCAUUUUGAAGUAUCAUUCCCUGAUUGUUGUCGUUCGAAGUCGGGCGUUUGCUUAUUAUAUUAAAUAUUUAUACAAAUUAUGGGUUUAGCCACAGUAAUUGAGAAUGAGGGUCAUUUCCAACACGAAAUGGCCAACGCCGGCACAAAACUGGUUGUCGUAGACUUCACGGCGACUUGGUGUCCUCCAUGCCAGAGGAUCGCGCCUUUCUUUGAGCAACUGCCAGCGAAGUUCCCUAGGGCGGUGUUCCUAAAGGUGGACGUAGAUCGCUGUGCGGAGACGGCGGCCGCGCAAGGCAUCAGCGCUAUGCCUACUUUUGUUUUUUACAGAAACAGAACAAAGAUUGACCGGCUACAGGGAGCUGACCCGGCAACUUUGGAGAGCAAAGUGAGACACUACUAUGGUUCUGACGAUGCUGGAGAUGAGGACAAUGCCGUUGCCGGCCAUAUGGACCUCGGAACUUUCAUCACCAAGAGUGAAUGCGAGUGCCUGAACGAGGCCGACGAGCACCCUCUGGCACAUGCCCUGACCAGCGGCGGAGGCUACCUCGCGAGCGACUGCGAUGAGCAGCUCAUUAUCAACAUCGCAUUCAACCAGCUGGUGAAGCUGCACUCUGUGAAGAUCAAGGGCCCCGCCGACAAGGGCCCCAAGUCCGUGAAGCUGUUCAUCAACCAGCCGCGCACGCUGGACUUCGACCAGGCCUCCGGGAACACCUCCGUGCAGGACUUGGAGCUCGCUCCAAACGACGUAGAAGGCAACCCGGUCCCCCUCAAGUUCGUAAAGUUCCAAAGCGUCCAGAACAUCCAGCUGUUCAUUAAAGACAACCAGUCGGGCGGCGAAGUCACGCAGAUCGACCACCUGGCGUUCUACGGCACGCCCGUCGCCACCACCAACAUGGGCGAAUUCAAGCGCGUCGCCGGCAAAAAGGGCGAGGGGCAUUAAUGGCUUAGGCUUGCGCAGGGUGAUACUACUUGGCAGGCUUUACUAAAUUCACUGUUUUUUUAGUCCGUUAAUUUUAAGGGUGUAUUCCUGAGCUUAAAGCACAGACCUGUAAUUUUUAUGCUUACGCAUAAAGACAGUUGAAGUGUAGGAAAGGGAAGCCAUCUCGUAUAUGAACAUCCCAUGAGUGUGAAAGGGCCAGACCACAAAUAAGAAAAAACGUGACCAUAUUUGACUGACAGGCCGGCCGCUGUCGGCCAAGAGCGUAUCACUGCAAUUUUUAAUUUACAAAAUAUCCACAAAUCAGGAAGAAAACUAUUAAUACAGUGAAGAUGGGGAUUUGAUUCUUAACUAUACCGACACAUCUUCCUUCUUAAAAACAAAAAUAAGAAAUAAGUACUAGGAUAUACCUAAAACAAGAAUGCAUUAUCUUAUUUUAUUCUAGUAAUAGAACUUUAAACAAACCUAUGCUUCUACAUAGAUUUUAAAGGACCUAUACAAUUUUAUUUGUUUUUUUUAUAUAUAUUGAAUACAUUAUUAUAUUUUUAGAAUUAUAACAAAACAAGUAUUUAUUGCAUUUAGAUAUACAUUUUUUUAUGUUUUAUAUUAAGGUAAAUAUAUACUUGUUUAUGCAGGACAUAUCUUAUUUAUAUUUUACUAAUUUUACAUAUAUUGUUAACUUACUAACGUAUCUGUUUUAUUUAUACAAUAUUAUUUGGAUGCGUUUUAAUUUAUAAUAUUAAUAUAUAUUAUAAAUUAAAACGUUACAUUUAUUUAUUUUUACAUACAAUGCCUGCAAUACCUAAAUAAAAAUCAAAUUUAAUGAACUAAACUAAACCAUUCUUAGGAGAUUUGUGCAUUCCAUUUUACUGAUUUUAACAACAUACAUUAUUAGGUAGGCAAAUACCUACAGGUAUCCAACAGGCAGGCAGACUUGAAUUCCAGUUAUGUACUCCAAUUGCCCCAUCUAUUGGGAGGCAUCACUGUCCUGCCGGAACGAGUUACAUAAGCAUCAGUUUGGUUUGUAUUUACGUUAACAAUAUUUCUUCCUGAUUUGCUUAUAUUUUUCAAUUUAAAAAUUACCGUGAUACUCUCUUGGCCAUCCGUAUUCUAAUUAACUCCAUUUUGGAGAUAACCAAUGAUUUAUUUUUAUCUGAUAAGGCCCCUACGAGCGCGUACACUUGCUUUAGGGCCUGUUUACAUAUUGAUUCGUGUUUAGCUACUAAACGCAAGUACUAUCUGGGACGAUCGAUAUUCGAAAUGUCAUUGAUAUGUCAUAGUUUUCAAUUGUUUGGUUUAUUUAAACAUAAUGUCCGUAUUACAAUAACGAUAUUAAUUAUUUUUUGAUGAAAAAAAAAAAACUAUGCCAUUCAGUUUCCUUACAUGUCAGUCAUACCCCGAAGUUACGGAGUUAAAAAAACAUCGUGUAUAAAUAAAUUCUAUUCAUAAAACUGCUUCUAACAAACACUCAAAUCUCAAUGGUUAAGGCUCUUCCUGACUUAUCGGUACAGUAUCACUAAUACGCGGUAUUUUAGGGUUCCGUACCCAAAUGGUAAAAACGUGACCUCUCCCAUACAACAAACGUGAUUUUUUGGCGUUUUUUGCGUAAUGGUACGGAACCCUUCGUGCGCGAGUCCGACUCGCACUUGGCCGGUUUUUUCCUGAUUGGCGCGGUGGCUACAGAACGGAGCGCAUCACUGCCAAUUAAUGAGGUAGCAAUAAUAUUGUCGCACCGAUCCCUUACUGCCAAGUCAGGAGGAGCCUUGGGCCAAAAUAAUCGUGUCUGAAAUAGUAUUGAUGAGCGUUUAUGAAUAAAAUUAGUAUUUUAAAGGGUAUAUAAUUAUAUAUCUAGUAACUGCUGGUUAGUAUCACACCUCGGGUACGCAACACAAAGGGUAUACAAACUUUAAUCAUAUUGUAGCGCAUGAACGAAGGAAGCAAGUGUUAUGUUUGCAGCGCCGUUGAAUUAUCUUAAAACAGACUAUAGUUUGAAUUAUUAUGUAUAAUUACGAAUUAUUAUGUAUAAUUAUGAAUUAUUGUGUAUAAUUAUGAAUUAUUGAAUUAUUAUGUAUAAUUAUGAAUUAUUGAAUUAUUAUUAUGUACAUAUAGCAGUUGCUGAAGAUUGCAGCGUCUUGAUUUUCUGUUUAAAGUUCUUAUUUAUGAUAUAUUAUUAUUCAAUGUUACAACAUUAGUUAACAUGUUAGGAAUAAGAACCUAUCAUUUAACAAAAAAAGUAGGAUUUCUUGAAAUAUGGAUUUAUUAAUUUAUAGUUAGUGUAUUUUAAAAAUAUUGACGUGAACUUAAUUUUAAUUUUAUAAUCAUUUUGUAAGUAAUUAUUGUAUUAAUACCAAUAAAAAUCUAUGUAUUCGUAAAUUUUUCGACAUGACUUGAAUUUGUUUAACAAACAAUUCAAUGAAUUGUGUUUCAAUGGAUAUGUUUAAAUAUUGCCAUAUCUAAUGUAACAACAUUAAAGAUACUGCAGCAAAAUAAAUAAUUGACCGGAGUUAUCCUCAGAGCGCCCAACAUGCAUGUUUGUUAAAGAAAUUCAAGUUCUGUCGAAAAAUUGUCGAAACACAAGAAAUCCUACUUUUAUUGUUAUAUGAAGAUUCUAAUUCCUUUGGGCCAUGAGGUAAUGGCUCUACCACAUUCCGGAAUCGAACCUAAAUGAGGUGUAGAUACUUUGUAUCCUAAUAAGAAUCGUAUUAAAUGGAAAUCUGACGUAAUGAGUCGUCUAUCGUGAACAAAAACGUGUAGUCUAAACUUUAGUACCCUGACGUGUUGCGUACCUCUGCCAAAGCCAAGCUUUCCAAUUAUUGUUAUACACAACAUUUCCCAAACUGUCUAAUGUAGCAAAAACUGAAUGUAAUAUAUUUUGUGAAAUGAUUAAUGGAUUAUUAUAUUAUUUAAAUGGAACAUUAGGUAUUCACAAUAUUGUGUAAGCGUAAGGGUCAUAACGAGGUCCGCAGUUUGUUAAUUUGUAUAUGCAUUAAAUAAAGAUAAUAUUUUA